AUGGGUUGUGGAGCCAGCCAGCAGGUGCUAACGGACGAUCCGGACAUAGACCCAAUCGACGUCCCUGACUUUGUGAAAGGGUAUAAAUCUCCUUCACCUCCCAAGUGGAAGAAGAGAGAUGUGUUCGACGUAACAAACAGCAAAAACCUUGACAGCCGAGCAAGUCAGGUUACCGUCACGGACAACACCACAUUUGAAGCACUAGCUUCUGACCUGACUAGUGGCCUGAGCACUGACCUGGAGAGAGUCCGAGCCCUGUUCAUCUGGGUGGGCCACCAGGACUUCGACCAACAGUUCUACCCGGGAGUGACCGAUGGUCGGACACCACGUGGAUAUAUGAAACUGAUGAAGCUGAAGAAAGGGUCAUAUGCCUCCUUCUUUGCCCUUUUGUGUCGAGCUGCAAAACUACCAUGUGUCAUAGUCAAGGGUCAUGUCAAAAGCCUGGGCUAUGAGGUUGGCGAUCAGGACGUCAGUAGAUUGAUGGCAACCUGGAACAUCGUCUACGUUGACGGGUCGUGGCAAAUUGUCCACCCAAUGUGGGCCUUCACGGGAGUUAUCGGUCAUGACAGUGGGAAAUGGGUCAAAAUAGAGGCUGAUGGCAAAGGGACAAGGGAGAGAGCUCAAGCCAGACAAGGAAUAAACAUAAGGAGGAUAGGGGAAGAUUUCUUUCUGCCACAUCCCGACGAGUUUGUCUAUACUUGUAUGGCGGAGAAACGAGAAUGGCAGCUUAUCAAAGACACGUGGGACCUUCAUAGAUUUUGCAACGUGCCUCGUUUUCAGUUCAGGUACUUCACAUCAGGCUACAAACUCAUACGCGAACACAAAUCUAUUCUUCUGUCUGAAAAUGGAAAAUGCGAGCUGGAAUUUGAGCAAACGAAAGACACGAAAUCACAUCUUGCAUACGACCUGUAUUUUGAUGAAGAACAGUCAAAAGAUAAAUUGCCAGACGGAAUUGAACUGCCACGAUGUGUUUUCCUGGAAACUAACGGAAAACACGUUAGACUUGUUGUACGAUUCCACGUGGCCGGCAUAUAUAAACUGUCUAUCAAGUACAACUUGCUGGGGAUUAUUGCUGUACCCAUCGCGGCCUUCAAACUGGUGGUGAACGAAAGGGCGGAAAACAAAAACAUGUUUCCAAUAAAUCCUCCCAUUGGAUUUGGUUUUGGUCAAACAGCCAAGGUUAAUGGUUUAGAGGCUCCUUCACACAAAUCCGGGGUGGUUGUGAUGCAGAGGCGCACGAUUAAGACAUUCAGCUUCCAGAUGACGACGAGGAUGCAGGUUGUCGCCCGGCUGCGCCACAACAACUUGCAGUCAGAGGAACUGGAUCAAUAUGUGGAUCAGGAAGUCAAGGACAAGAACGUUAAGAUCCAUGUGACGAUGCCAGAGGACGGAGACAAUGAGGAGUAUGCUCUUCAGAUUUACACAGGGGAAGAGAAGAAAGACAACAACGUCGUCAACUACUUGCUGACGAGUCGGAAAGAGGAUUUCGAGAAGAUUCAAGAGGACAAAGUUCGGAAGAACCUGCAGAUCGCCCUUGGAGGCCACAAGAUCAGCACCCUGCAGAAAGCAAUCAAAGAGUUUGAAGUAGCUAAACUCAAAGACACAAGUGGGGAUCUGAGGAAAGCAAAGCUUAAGUUGGACAAACUUAGGAAACAACGAAUAAAGGAAGAGGAGAUCAACUCACUUAAACGAAAUUUGAAGAAGGCACUGAAACAACGCAGCCUGGCAGAUUUGGAGAAGGCGAUUGCCGCCGCGGACGGGUCAGGUUAUCCCGACCUACAGGAACUGUUGUUGAUAGCCAGGGCAAUGGUGGCGGACUUGGAGCAGGAGGCUGUUGAGAAGGAAAUGACCAAGAAGAACCUAAAGAGGCUAGAGUCUUCCCUGAAUAGUAUUGAAGCCAGCGCUAUUGAAGACGAACUCCAGAACUCCCAGGUUAUUCAGAAAGCUCACAGAUUCCUCCAGCAACAGAAACGACUUGAACGGUUCCUGAGUCCAAUCCUGGCCAUGAAGAACGGAACUGUUGCUGAGAUCCACGGCUACAAGGACACUAACCCACUGAUCGUGGACGUAAUGAAAGCCACGUUCAUAACACUGGGACACCGUCAGAAUGAACUGGAGAGUUGGAGUGCGAUUCAAAAGCAACUUAUUCCAAGUUUCCAAAUAAUUACACGGAUUAAAUCCUUCAACCUGGACAAGCUGCAUGUCCGGACAGCGGACAGAGCCAGGAUGCUGCUUCAGAAGUAUACGAUGGAUGACGUCAGAGAGGUCAGCGCGGGGCUGGCUACUUUCUACAAAUGGAGCAGCAACGUGCUUCAAGAAGCCACGGCGAUCCACGACCAUGACUAG